GGUAAUUUGGAGAGACGGCCUUCACCCUAAAAUGUAUUUAUGUAAUCAUGUAUGGUAACCAAAAAGUGUCUCAAUUCCAACCACCACCAAAAAGUAUACAUUUAAGAUUAAACUCGUUAAAAUAAUGUUGAAUCGGUAUAACAAAAAGUGCUUUGGUUACUUAAACAAUCAAAUACCAAAAUCACCGCCUCAAGGAACAAUAUAUAUGACAAGAAAUCAAUCUCUUCCUUUUGUACAACAUUCAAAGCCUGAUGUUAUGCCUAUCAGAAGGAUAAAAUCUACAAGUGAUCAAAUAACUAUUGAUCCGUAUUCAGAUGUCAAUCCAGGCUUUGUACAUCAUACUAUGGAAGAAGUAUUAACCGAGUAUAUUAUUGAUACACUUGUAGACUGUUUCAAAUAUCAAAGCAUUAGCACUCGCCAGUCACCUGUUAUUGAACAAAAUUCAAUUCAAUCACAUAAAGUGUAUCAUGCAAAUAUAAAACAACCUAAAAUUCAUUCUAUGCAGGGAAAACAUUCUGAAUUCCCCCAAGGUAAACCUGACCGCCUUGAUUCAAAUAUCUCUACAUAUGAAUCUUUAUCUGCAUCAAAGAAUUUCACAGAGAAAAAUUAUUAUCAUAAAACUGGUUUCCUAGCAGCCAAUCCGAUGAAAACUUCAUAUAGUGAGAAAAUCAGAAGUACCAAACAUCCAAUAUCUCAUGUAAAAAAUCGUUAUAAUAAAGUUAAUAACGAUGUACAUUCUGUACGUUUUUGUAGCCCAAAAUCAGAGGAGGAAUUGACCAACUCCAAUAUGGCAUCAUCACCAGUAUAUGCUGUUCCUCAUAUUGACGAAACUGUGCAUUAUCGUAAACACUCCAAAAUUACAUCUCAGGAUAUCUCUCAACGACAAAGACGACAUGUUUCUAAGCCUCUAAGUACUUCCAUCUACCAGAAAAAGAAGGAAAAGAGUAGUCAUUCUGUUACUGAUCGAUUGUCACAUAUGCCGGUGACAAAUUCAACUUCGAAACAUAAUACUUCCUCCUUAUUAACAUCAAAUCAUACAGCUGAUAAAGGUACAGCUGUUUAA